AUGCACAUCGGUGCCAGGACAACCUCCUCCCCGCUUAGCACCUUCAAAUACCUCGUUCCCCUCGACGUUAUACAGACUUUUGGCUGGUACUUGUUCUCCGCCUGGUGGUUCACUGAAAUCUACAGGUGGUCUUCUUCAAGUAGCGCACACCUGGAAUUGGUGAACCGAGCUAGACCUCACGAACGAGCAAGCUUAAACGAAAGAGCAAUCUACCUUUAUACCUACCACUUUCUCCUGGCAGUCGCGCAGUCAGUGGUUCAUCUUUACUACGACUACGAUCGCGUCCCUCUUCCCGUUGCCAGGAGGCAAUCGAUCUCUAAACGCCUCCAGUCAGCAUUGCCGCAGCUCAUCAAAGAUGGGAUGAAACGGAGUAUCUUGGUUUCCAUUCUUUGCCCAUUCGCAUACGCCUUCGUCCUCCGGCGCCCGGCAUGGAGCACUACACUGUACUUUGCAAAGCUAUUCUGGGAUUUCCCGAGAUCCGCUGCAUCCCCUCCCGGCAUUAUCCCGCCAAUCCUCGGAGUUAUCGUGCGAACCUUGAUUUCAGGAGGCCUCCUGGUUCUCUGCUGGCAGACAGCUAACCUCUUUUUCUCCGUGUUCCUCAGCAAAGAGCCGCUCAAGCGAGGCCAGCCCUUGACGGCUGAAGCCAAGGAUCCCAACGGCAGCUUGCUGAAUGGACUAAAAGCAAAGAAGGAAACCGUUCGCGCUUUUGCAUUCUGGGAGCUGUACUUCAUCAGUCAGAGAUUCCCUGACCGCCGGAAAGCCAUCUUCAACGACAUCGAUCGCGAGGAGGGUGCAGCUUGGUCGCAAAUCCUGCAAGCCGCCACAGAUGUCAUCACGGGCGUUACCACUCGCAUCAGCGAGGCUAAGAAUCCAUCAUCUGGCCCUAAGCCUGCACCAGUCCAGCAGUCCGAGCCCGUCCUUCACUCCCUGCCACGGCUGACGGACCCCCCUAAGGCGGACAACAUCUUCGCUCCGUCCCCCAAGGCAACAACUCGCCAACAAAAGUUCGGCGAAGCCCUCACCACCACCGCCAGAGCCUACGGCAACUCCCCAGACUGGACGCCUACCGCACGCGCCAAAGCCCGCGAUGUCUUGGACCGCGCCUCCUCCGCCAUGCUGAGCCCUGAACGCAAGCAGAAGCUGCUCGGUUCCUCCCAGGAGCUCAAGAUGCUCACCGCGCCAUCAACUAGCAAGCCCGAGAACCUGCACCCCUUCCUCGCUCAGCUCCUCCGCUCUCCACUAGGCCGACUCUUCCGCCAAACCUACGCUCGUCGCCUCUCCGGCAUUGUCCUCGGCACACCCCACGCCAACCUCUGCUCCGUCAUCGACGCCACCGAAUCCAUCACCUGCCUUCUCAUCAAGAGUCUCGCGGAGGACCAAUACGGAAAGGUCCAAGCCGACGUAGCCACCGUCGUACGCCUACUGACCGAUACCAUCACGACCCUCGAACCUUUCAUUAACGGCGGCCUCGAUGCUCACUGGACAGACGUCAACUUCCCCCCAUCCAGCAACCCGGAAGCACAAGCUGCGGCUCGCCGUGUCCCUGAUGUCGACCUCGUCCUGGACACAAUGAAGGCAUCCCUCAAGGACCUUCUGUCUUCCUUCGGCCCUUACUUCAAGAACCUCGGCCUUGGAGCCAAGGACUUAAGAUUGGCCAAGGAAGCAGCCGGUGUCGUGGAAGAGGAUCCCUUUAAUUAA